CAGCACAUGCUCACUUUUCCCCUCUCGUUCUACUCUACUCUCUCUUUACCCGUUUUGCCGGUGAAGCCAGGGUUUUUCUUCCCAUUUAUCAGUGCUCUCGUGGAACUUGAGCCAAGUAGAAGCAUCAUCUCAUCGCUAUCCUCCUCGUACACAGCUUUCCUCUUCAGCCGCGUCUCCUACUUGUUUGUGCAUUGCUUCUCAUUCGAGAGAUACAAGAAAAAGAAAGACAGCAAGAAAGUUUGUAGCUCGUGAACUUGGAGAAAGUUGACAGAGUCAUAAAACAAACCAAAGCUAGAUACACUACUACUCUGUUACUACGACUACUACGUUCUGUGUGUGUGUAUGUCAUUGUCAAGCAGUUACCUUGAUCUCAACUUGGUCUUCAUCAUUGUGCAACUAAACUAUUUUCUAAAGAGAAAAAAAGGUGCUCUCCUUCCUUGUUUGUGUGUUACUUGAGAAUUACUAUUUGCCACACGGCUCACUCACCCCGUUGUAUCGUAGUAGUUGAUGAUGAGACUUGCUAACUUUCCCUUCCGGUCUCACUCAUAAUGAGGGAGUAUCAUAAUAAUAAUAAUGUGAGCAACUAGUACCCCAGUCAUUCAUUCAGUCAGUCAUCACCACGACCAGCACUAUACCUACCGGACGACGUAAUGGGGAAAGAUUACCAAAGUUUAUAAUGAGCAUUUCUCACGCAUAUUAUAAAUGCAACCACGCCUGGCAGAUAAAGAGUGUGUGUGAAAGAGAAAGUCGUGUCGGGGAAAGUGAGACCCUUGGUGCUAUUCUUCUCGUAGGGCUGUUUUACACACAAGACGACGCUGCAGCUGUGGAGGACACACAGUGAGAAAGUGACAAUUAGUUCUCACUUAGUUCACCCUUGAGUUUAUAAUGGGCGGAGGCGUCCUCACACAAGUUAAGUUUCACACAAGAACAACUGUGACACAUUAGAAGAAGAACUAAACUUUGUCCACAUUGCCGUCUCGUUGUCGUCGUCGUCUUCGUCGUCGUCGUCGUCUUCGUCGUCGUCGUCUUUUCUUCCUGUGGAGAGUGUGUCAUUUCUUGGACCAAGUGAGUUUUUGUCCCUUUGUUCUGCACCGCUAGCAAAAGGAGGAAGCCGAAGAAGAAAAGAAUUAAUUGGGACCGAGAAACGGCACUCAUCAUUCCCGUCAUCGCAUACCACGAGUCGUACGGACGUAAAUACGUGCACACAAUAGGACCACAACCACAAUAAGAGUUCCUCGAAAGUCAAUCCGAUCAAUCAUGAGUUAAGAGAAAUUCCGAGACGGGAAGGAACAGUGUUUGUGGGUUAUUAGUCCUUAGAGAAGAAAUACAUUUAUACACACAUCUCUGUGACGCUGGUCCUGUAUUUACUUAACUCAUAGAAAAGAAGUACUUGUGGUUACUUGUUGGGCAGUUGGGUCGGUUUUUGAUGAUAUUGAUCUGUUCACGAGUAAAUAAGACCUCAUGACCAUGCCCACCCUCCUUCCGCCAUCAUUUAUCAUUACGUAUGGCGCUGGGAUAAUUAAGCAGUAGUGGGACGACGAACACUGGGUUAAAAAACAAUAUGAAACAGUCGUCAAGUGCAGCAACAUGCUCGAAUUCACUGCUUCCGACCUCAACAAUUAGACACCACCAACCAACCAACAACUUGUUAUUUCACCUUCGUGAAUUUGUCGCCGAGUGUGAACACAAACGCAAUACUAUGUGAAUGAACCAGACAAUCAGACAAUGGGGGAAAUAGUAGUGCAAAUACUUUCACCUCGUCGUGAACCUUUUCGUGUCAUCGUCGUCAUAUAGAAGGGUACUAGGUCAAUUUGCAUAAUGAAUUUUUACAUGACGGCUACAUAGCCGAGAUUUUAUUGCCUAAAUACAUUUUUACGUAAGGAGACUUAUCGCAUAAUUGCAUAUUGCAUAAUUAUUUUUUAAGUAAGAUGGAGGGUACUCCUAAUUUUCAAGUUUCUGGGCAUUACUGUGCACUCAAAAGCUAAUUUAUUUAUGGCAUUUAUGGUGCAUUUUUCCAUUAAUUUUUGUCGACUUCCCUGUCGGGGUCAGGUGGUUGGAGGGAAUGUGGUAGUCAGAUGAACCUCUCGAGUUAUUUUUUUUACAAAAAUGACCAUCUAAAAAACCCUUUUGGUUCGUAUGCACUUUUAAUAAAUGAUGGUUAUGGCUCAGUAGGAAAGACAUUUGCGAGUCGACCUCAGUCUAAUCGAAAGUGGUCACUAACAGCAUUGGAUAGAUUAGCAUAGGGAUUUAGAUGCAAUUGUGCAAUAUGUGAUUAUGCUAAGUUGUGUUAACCAUUAUGUAAAUUAGUAAUUAUGCAAUUCAGUACUUAUGCAAGCAACAUUAUGCAGAGUGACCAAACACCCAUAGAAGUGUUGUCUAGAAGUUUGUAGUCUCAUCCAUAUUCAUUUCUCGAGUGAGUAGUAGUAUUUAAUAGGAGGACUCAUCCCUAAUCGUCAUCAUACGUGUCCUGUCAACUCGUACAACCGAAUCCUCGCCAUCGCCUCCCCAGGAUGUAGACAAUGCUCCUCAUCUCCGCGGUGAAAGCGAGUGAAGAGAAGUGAAAGUUUUGUUGUUUCCUCCUAGCUAGGUGGGUCAGGUCUUGUGCGUCUCCCUAGGUUUUUCAGGUGUCCUCCAACUCCCGUCGGCAUCAUCGUCGUCGUCGUCAUCAUGAAGACGACCAAGGCCAGAUCCGUGUGGCCCUUGCUGCUCUGGGCGGAACUCCUCGUUUUAGGAGCUCAAACCAAAACAGCCAUGUCCAUCAUGAACUGUAUUCAAGCCCGAGACUCAUGCAUGAACAACACGGCGUGCCAUCCAAUCCUGGAAGUGGUGCCAAGAGUGUGCGGGGCUGAAAAAGUUGCUUGUUCAACCGUGACGAUAACCAAGUGUCAAGCAGCGCUUCGAACACUUCAAGCCUUUCCCUACUUUUACCCAACGUGUUUGUGUCGGGAGCCCAUGUCCGAUCCAGCGUGUAACACAUUCCGUGAUUACUUGUUUGAUCACCCAUGCUCUUUCGUCAAGGAAAAGGAGAAAGAUCCAUACCCCGUGGAUGCACUGCCGACUUGUGAUUAUGCUCUUGACGUGUGCAAGAAGGAGCCCAAGUGCAUUCAGCUGUUGAGAGACUUUCGAACCCAGUGCAAGCAGUCUGAUGAGCAGCAGUGCAAAAUGGAGGAUGGGGAGAUGUGCCAUGAUGCAUGGACCAAGUUGAGAUUGUCCCCGAUUUUUGGCUGCAUAUGUCCAAACUCGAACUCUCGUUGCGACAGAAUUUUUAGAGAGGUCAACUACAAUCCGUGUGUGGCCAGUGAUCCCAAACUAGCGUUGAAUGGGUCCACCUCAGCACUGUUUUCACUAGACCAGCACCGCCUCGCAGGACUUUCGCCGCACAUGUUUUUCUCCCCCGCAUCACUAUUUCCACCCCGCCCCGGCACUCACUUGCACAACCAUUAUCUCCCCAAAUUUCGCCACCACCAUGACACGGCUGCACCCCACACCGAGCACCCACCCCCCUCCGCCGCCCUUACACAAAGUCAUCUCAUGGUUGAUGAGUCGUCGUCCUUAUCGACGCCCACUUAUGCCGGCUAUCCCUCCCCACCAGGCUCCUUUUCUACGUCCCACUCUGGCUCAAUUACAGUUCAAGUCAUCUCCUCCUCACACGCGCCAGACCACGAGCUGGAAUCUCAGCUCGAAACACCGCUCUACGGACCUCAAGGGGGUCACUCGAAGCCACCUCCGUUCAUCCCCCAGAAGCCGAGGCCCCCCUACACGCCCGCCAAGGGGGGCACCAACAUUGCCACCAUUUCCAGCAUCCGGACUCACGGAAGUGGGAGUGUCCGCCUCCCCCUGCAAGCCACCUGUCUCACCGCGUUGCAAAGUUGUCGUCGUGACUCUGCGUGUCGCGGUCUUUUAGAACAAGUGCUUCACUACUGUGACCCGAUGCGAUGUCGGCAAGAAACGUGUAUGAAAGCACUGCAAAAGUUCUACCGCGAAGUGGAGAGCCAGUGGGCUCUGGACGUCGCCUUUUGUCUUUGCAGAAAGACAGAUAACCGUCACGACCAGUGUCGACUUGCUCAAGAAUCUCUGCACCCAGCAUGCGCCCAACGCGGCGACUUGGGCGUCAAUCCACCCUCCUGUCACUCGCUGGCGGAGAGCUGUCGUGCAGAAACAGACUGCAGAUUUAGACUGGAGGAGUACGAGCAGGCGUGUGCGGUGGACAGCGUGACGCGAAAAUGUGCCGGGCCCGCGAUCGAGUGUCGCAACGCGAUGAUACGAAUUUUGGGGACGAAGCUGAGAACCUCGUGCGCCUGCAAUGGCACAGAUUUCACCCAAUUGUACGACUGCCUUGGGUGGCAGCGAAUUCUAUGGGUCAACCCCUGUGUUGUUGAGUCGCAACGAGAUUUCCACCGACUUCGCGCCACCACCCAAGUUCCAGCGUCGCCACAUCAUAACCAUCGCGUCACGCCGACACCAAGUCAUCACCCCGUGCUGGACACGUCCUCCUCUUUCGAGGGCAUCCUCCCUGGAAGUGACCUCCUCUCCACCACCAUGGGAAAUCCACGACCCAGAGUUAUCCACACCACGACAACGACGACCCAACAUAUUCCCGUCUUUACCACGACGGUUCACACGCGUCACCCCAACUCGAAGAAUGGGCGUAACAAUAACAACAACAAGAACAACAAUGGGAAUGGUCACGGUGUCGUUGUCAAAGAGCCCGAACUGGGCGUGGUUGCCCUACCAAAUAACAACAUGGACUUUACUACUGCCCUCGUGGGGAGUAGUGAGACGCUCUUGGUGACUGAAGAGGACACCACGACCAUUGCGACGACAUCAACCACCACUGCGCGCACUGAACCUACAACGACCCUCCAACCGGCGAGAUACUGUCGCCUCCAUCAAGGAAAUUCGGGCGAUAAGAAAAUCCGGGAAGGUCAAGCGAAACGGCUGUAUCGUGACGACAUUCCGACUUGUUCAGAGCUGUGCAUGUGUGAGCUGGGUCGCCCAGAGGCGGCCAUUUGCACCGUGUUGGAGUGUCUGGAGAUCAAACAUUGUUAUGUGAAGACGGAGGACGAGUACAUCCACUUGCAACCUACCUACAUCGCCCAUCGUGGAAAGUGUCUCUGCUACUCGGGACGAUUCAUUUGCGAAAAACCAGCACCUGACACGUACACCCUCGACAACGGGGUUUUCCUCUUCCUCGGCUUUUCCACCAAGGAUGAGCAGCUGCUGUACCCCAUCACGAGACUUCUGGUCCGUGACGUGGUGGACGCCCUAAGACAGCUUAUCACCCCUCAAACGCGCCACUACUUCUUUGACGAGCACGACCCCAACGACACCACCGGGCUUGAGAAGCUCAAAGCUCUCAACACGACGGAAUGUCGCCUCGGACUGUACAAGGUUGAGGGGGAAAAUAUCAUCAUCAACGCCACCGUGUGGGACGAGGACUUUUCCGAGACGGGGAUGAGACAGCCCAACGACCAGCUAUUUCAGAGGGAGAGGAAGCAGUGUCUCCCGGUUUUGCAUGCCUUGCGAGACCUGAUCAACAAGCAGCAUCCCAUCAUCCAUGGGCACAGUCUGCUCUCAAUUCUCAAACUGGCCGCGGUGCAGGACAAUAUUCCCACCCCGGAACCCAGCAGCGCGUCCCACUCCACCCAAGCGGCCUUAUCCUCCACUCUCUUCCCCGUCCUUCUUCUCCUCGUGCUUCAAGUCACCCUCGUCCAGGUCACGCUGGGAAGUAUAAAGGUCAGCCCGGAUGGUGGUAGCAGUAAGAGUAAGUUGGCCACCCCAAGUUUGUCGGACGGUCAGGAGGGUGACCUCCCACCACCAUCCUCGAACACGCCAACGACCUCGACAAGGAGAAGAACAAUGAUAACCCAUCCUCACGAGAGUCAUCUUCAUGACCUCGUCGGGUGGCCAGCCCUCUCGUCCCCGUCUGCUUCUUCUCCGUCGCCGACCCUCUUAUGAUAAUCAACUACCUCCUUAAAUCAUUCCUUUACAAUUAUUACUACUCUUACGACAACAUCAGGGGAGCAUUGUUAAUCACACAGGGAAGAGACUCACCAAGACCUCUUGAUAAAAAUGUAGCAUGCAGACCUGCUAAAGUAAUGAUAAGUAGUUCUUUUACUCAUAAAACUAUAUUCUCUCUGAGACGUGUAUGUAGCAGGUACGUUUAAGAAGGUCGAUUUUUGUUGAUAUAAUUAUGACGAGCCUAAAAAACAUAUUUGGCACUUGGUGGUGGGAUCCAAGUAUAUUUUGGUACUUGCUGCUGAUCUGCCUUUGCACUCCCGAUACUAACCAAUAAUCAUAGCCCACCAGACAUACUUCUGCCAAAUGAGACGACGCAGAUGAAGGAAACUAACGUCGCGUAUUGUUUCGUACAUCGCCCCCAAACCAUAAUUUACAUGCAGACACAGACACCACGAUCUAUUUCCAACUCAACCCGAAGCAGGGGGAGGAGUGAGUAUUAUUAUUCUUGAGAGAAAGAGGUUGGUGGCUGUCCUUGUGUCCCUUCCACGCCUCGUCCUCGUCCUCGUCGUCGUCAAAAUUUUUGAUCCGAGAGUUAGUGCAGCAGCCAACCCACUACUAAUUGCAAAUCCAAUACCAGUACUUUACAUGCAAAGUGACUAUAAAGGAAACCAGGCAACGUGUACUGCUACUUGUAUAUAAAAAUAUUAAUAAGAAGUAAUUUUAAUAACGUAACAAUUCUGAGAAGAACCAAAGAGGUCUAUUUUUAUUUUUGAUGACGAUGCAACUAUGAAAUUCAGAUUUUGAAGAUGAACAGAAUUCUUAAAACUGUAGCGACUAAAAAAAGAGAUACUUAAGACAACAAUGAAGCAUUACUUUUCUAACAACUGAGAAUAACAAAUGACAGUUCAGACUAGUUUAUAGGUAGUGAUGACGAUGGUAGAUAUUUUGUAGAUCUUGAUAUAAAUAGAGUCGAGAUACGGGGACGAUACUAAAUAAAUGAUGGUCACCCACGUAGAUUCACAUGUAGCAGGAGAAAUUGAGUGUCGUAAUAAAGUGUUAUCGGUACAUUCUUCUCUAAGAUAUUUAUAACCUCCGUCACCACCACCAUCAAAAAUUAAUCUGGGUCUCUUCCAGCCUAAUUAAAAUAUAAAUGGUAAAAUUACUGAUAGAAAUACUUACUAUUGAUAUCACGCAACAGUUGCAAUACGUACUUUUGUCUUCGUUCUUAUUCUAUAAUAACGUAACAGAAAACGGAGACGGAUCUUCAUUGCCGACCUCAAUUUUGUCGUCUGGCUGGUCGACCUCUUCACAAAAAGGGAAGUGUGCAUAAAACAUGUAAAUAUUGUACAGAGCAGAGGGCAGGGACAACCACGUUGUACACCCACCCGUAAAAAAACAACACAAAUUCUUCUGUUUUAAGCUACACAUACUUCUCAGACUAACUUUUACCUAAAUAACUACAUAAAACUAACCAACUGCGAGUAUCUAUACGCCUUGAGUGCGCGGUCUAGAGCGCGUUUUUGGGUUUACUAGGUGCACUCUGAACCAAAAAACUCUCACCACCAGCGAUUUUCUCGGUCACUUUCACUAUGUCUGCCUCACCACUCCUCGGUUCAUAUCUAUCUAUCAUCUCAUCUCACAAAGUCAGCCUCUAUGUAUAUCUACUUACGUAUGUACUUAUGUACCACCAAGAACUUCUUGAGUGUCGUUCGUUCAGUCGCAAUCACAUAUCAGUUUCCCAUCUGUCAAUCUAUCUCUCUCACCAACCUGCUUUUUCCAAACUGGUCUCUUUCAUGUCAUCACUGUCCAUAUCACCAUCACCUUUCACCCCCUCGUUUUCAAUCACAUUCUCAUUUACAGUUUUCACCUUUUACUAUAAAUAUCCAUACAUACAUAUAUUUACAUAUUGUGUAAUUAUUAGCCGUCAAAAAAAGAGGUACGUACAGUACACCGUCAGAAAGUCCCUUUUUCUAGCGGGGGCGAUAUGAGAUACGUUUUAUAAACCAAUACUGAUCACGAUCUAUGUACAUCUUUAAGAGUAAUGUAAAAGUAAGUAAGUAGCUAAAAUAAGGUGCUGGAAGCAGCAGCAAAUGCACACAAGUAUGUAAUGACGAUGUUUAUACCACUUGAUAUUCGUACAAGAGUAAGGAAUCCUAGGUUAAGUAAGACGUAAUUAACUACUUACUUGUUGUAAUACGGGGUAAUAAGAUAUAAUUAUCAUGUAAUAAUGGAUAAACUACUGGUAACCGGUGCUGGACUACACCUGACAAUUCAAUAAAAGCAUUUUGUAUAAGUACCUGUACCAUAAUAAACAGCAGCAGAAGCAGCAGAAGGAGGAGGAACUACACUCUUCAAUAAAAAUUUGUAGGUGAAAAUACACGAUGAUGAGUUUAUAUAUUAAUAUUUAAAUCAUUAUUCUACACAUAUUAUUACGUACCAUUACUGUGGUGGUCUGGUUGAUGGGUUAGUGAAUAAAAGUGUGCAUGCAUGCAUGCACUACUGACCAGGAGGAGUAGUAAAAGUAAGAGUAAUGAUAAUAUUUACUAGAAAGAGAGAGAGAGAGCAUUGCAGUGGUUUGGUCAUGGUGCGUUCUUAUAUUUGUGUGAAUGAGAGGGGAGAUGAUAAUAAAAAUAAAACAUAGUCUCAUCUGCUGGACUCCAUUAGAUUAUCAAUCAAUAUGUCAGUCGUCAACCAAGAGUACUGUUGGGAAAGAGAAGAUUAUUGUGUAACAUUAUUACUAUUAUUACGACUAUCUGUCUUAUAUACUUACUUAAACAUACACUGUAUCGUACACUAUACUCUGAUAUUUACUACUGUGCUAUAUUGAUGAUGACAAAGGAUGGAAUAAAUACAAAGAGUGAAACAUGA